ACGGCCAAACAAAGCGAUCCUCGCCCGCUGCCCCUUCCAUCCCGGAGCUGUAUGGACGGCUAAUCCAGCACACAAAGCGGCCGCGGCUCCCCAUUGUUGGGCUCCCGCCCCGAGGACACGUCUGCUGACCGGCUCUGGAAAGUCCCAGCACGGAGCGCCCGGUUAUUUAGCAGGCGCGGAGCAGGGCGCGGCCUCCCGGGAGCCAUGUACCGCCGCAGCUACGUCUUCCAGGCCCGCCAGGAGCGCUACGAGCGCGCCCAGCCCGCGGGCCCCGCCGCCCAACCCGGGGGAACCGCGCCCGGCCUGGCGGCGCUGCAGGCGCUGGGCGAGCGCGUGGCCGCCCAGGUCCAGCGGGCCCGCGCGCUCCAGCAGCGCCACGCCGGCCUCCGGCGGCAGCUCGACGCCUUCCAGCGCCUGGGCGAGCAGCCCGGGCCCGAGGACGCGCUCGCCCGCCACAUCGAGGCCAAUCUGCAGCGCGCCCGGGACCUGGCCGCCGAGCGCGCGCGGCUGGAGAGGCAGGAGGCGGAGGCGCAGCGCGCCCUCGACGAGUUCCGGAGCAAGUACGAAAAUGAGUGUGACUGUCAAUUGGUGCUAAAGGAAAUGCUGGAAAGACUUAACAAGGAAGCUGACGAAGCCUUAUUGCGUAACCUGCACCUUCAGCUGGAAGCACAGUUUCUGCAGGCGGAUAUCAGUGUGGCCAAGGACAGGUACAAAAAGAAUCUUCUGGAGAUCCAGACCUACAUCACCAUUCUGCAGCAGCUCGUUCAGACUGCUCCACAAGUGUCCCUGGUCACUGGUGAGAUGAGGGAGGAGAAGCUGCUGACGGAGCGGGAAGUAGCUGCACUGCGGAGCCAGCUGGAGGAGGGCCGGGGGACACUCACCCACCUGCAGGCGCAGAAGGCCGAGCUGCAGGCCCAGACAUCAUCCCUGGAACAAGCUAUUAAACAUGCUCAUGAGUGUUACGACGAGGAGAUACAGCUGUACAACGAGCAGAUUGAAAACCUGCGGAAGGAGAUAGAGGAGGCUGAGCGCUCUCUGGAGCGUUCCUCCUACGACUGCAGGCAGCUGGCUGUGGUCCAGCAGACCCUGAGGAAUGAGCUAGACAGAUAUCAUCGGAUCAUCGAGAUUGAAGGCAACAGGUUGAGCUCCGCUUUCGUUGAGACUCCCAUCUCUCUGAUCACCCCGAGCCAUGGGGCCUCUCUCAGCCUUGGAUCCAGUGCAAAAGAUCUCACCAGGGCUGUGCAGGACAUCACAGCAGCUAAGCCAAGACAGAAGGUCCUCCCCAAGAGCCUUCCCAAAAGAAAGGAGAUUAUAGCUCAAGACAAAGUGGACGAAACUCAGGAAGGAGCAUCGUUAAAAACUCUGCCAGAGCCAAAGGCAGUGCUGGCAGAGCCUAAGGCGGAUGGGGACUCUCAGCUGGGACGAGCAGGGGCACAGAGAGUAAGUCCAGCCCAAGAAGGGGGUCCUGAGGAUGUGCCAGAUGGGAGCCAGAUAAGCAAAGCCUUCGGGAAGCUAUGCAAAGUCGUCAAAGAGAAAAUAAGUGGCCACAAAGAGCCUGUGCCGGAGCCGCCCUCUGACCUCUUCACCAAAGGGCGGCAUAUACUGGUCACAGGGGAUGCCAGCUUUGUGGACCCUGCUUUCCACUCCUCCUCCAUCCCAGCUAGAGGCGGAGUGAUGGUUUCCAUCCAGGAAGACUCUCUGCAUCAUGAUGGCCAUGUGGAGCCCUCUCCUGGGCCGCCCACGCCACCCGUGGAGAAUGGACAGGGGGCUCCCCGGAGUAUGGAAGGGGACCUCUCAAACCAUCAGAAGACAACAGACAAGAACGGGAUAAGGGCUAAAGAAUCAAAAGCCCCGGAGGAAAAAGAUGACGAUGGCAAGAAGGAAGAGGAGGGGUCCAGGAGACCCUGUCCUGUGAUCAUACCUGGUCCUGACGGGUCAGACACAUCCCAGUCACAAAUGUCUGGAUCUAGUCAGGAUGGACCUGAGGGGCCUGGGAGUAAGAGCAGCAGCCUGCUGCCGAAAAGCCCUUCGAAGGCUUUAGCUUUUAAGAAGGUAGAGGUGGUAGAAUCCAUUGAGAAGAUCUCAACAGAGAGUAUUCAGACAUAUGAAGAGACAUCUGUAAUUGUAGAGACUGUGAUUGGGAAGACAAAGGCCAACAGGAAACUGGAAGAGAAGGGCUCCUGAAACGCCAGGCUCGAAGGAAGAGGGUCCCGGGGCCGGUGGAGGGGAAGUGCUUUGAGAUGAGUUCCUAUUUGGAUUAGAUCGUAGUUAACCUGUCUGGCAUUGCCAGUGACUUUCAUUGAAAUGCUUUUCUUUUCUCUUUUGCUCACACCAUAUUCCUGCGUGAUUACUAGGGCCUCGGGCCAGCCAUGCUGAGGGCAGGAUGCCCUCUUAAUGGUUGCCACACUGCCCUCUUUUAGGAAGGGACUCGCUCCUCAGUAUCCUUCACUUAUUGCUGGCUUUUGGGACAGGACCUCUCUGUGGAGCACAGUCUGUCCCUGAGCUUUUGACCCACGUGCCUCAGCCCCCGAAGCGCAGGGGUUAUAGGCUUGGUCCACCACACUGGAUUCAGCCUGCUGCAUAGAUUCAUUAAAUCUCAGAUGCUGUCUGGGUUUCACACAGACAAACAGCUUGUGAUGACAGUGGGUUGUUCAUUCCAUUCUAAGCACAAGCGCAUGCUCAUGUGGCUGUGCAAAUAUGAAUUGAUGAGAGUGUUCUAAGUUUGGGGAACCCUUAAAAGCCGUUCCUGGGGCUGGAGAGAUGGCUCAGCCUUUAAGAACAUUGACUGCUUUUCCAGAGGACACGGGCUGUAUUCCCAGCACCCACGUGGCAGCGUACAACUGUCUGAUACUCCAGUUCCAAGAGUUCUGAUGUACUUACACAGACAUAUAUACAGGAAAAAAAAAAAAAAAAA